AUGGUACUCUAACAUUAACAAAACUUAAUUUAAAAUACAAUAAUUUUCGUAAAGAAAAACGAAUAAAUAAUUAUUAUUAAUAAUAAUUCACAAAAUGAAUUCAAAAUUAUAUUCUAUUCUAUAUUUGAACUUAGUAAGUGAAAUGAUUUAUGUCGUGGCAGAAAGAUUAAAAACCCAAAAAAUCCCUAUACAUAAGUCAAUAUUAGUUUUAAAUGACAUAGUUGCAGCAGCAUUUAGUAGUAACCUAUCCUUAUUUACUGAGAAGCAUAUUCAUACUAGAAAACAAAUUACUAAAAGUUUAAGUGAUGCUAUACACUCAUCAAUAAUGAGACUUAACGAUUCUAGCAUGGAAAAAUUAAUGGGAUUAAUUGAAACUUCAGUCAAAAUGCAAAUGUACUCAGCUAAUGGACCAAGACAAAUAUUACAUAUAACAUUGAAUCAUUUAGAUUCUGUUAGAUUAAUAACAAGUAAAACUCGGUUAAAACAGGUUAUUAACAUAGUGCAUCAUAACUUCACACAAAUUUAUGGAAAAAUGACUGAUGGAGAAAUUUUAAGACUUCGUUACUCAAUACUUAAUUAUUUUCAAGAUAUAAAUGUUAAAGUUACAGUAUUUAUAAAAGAAGGGUUACAGCGAUAUAAUGGAUCAUUUGUAACAGUUGGAAAAUGGACAAUUCCUUAUGGAGGUGAAGUUCCAGGAGCAAUAAGAAUUUUUGACAAAAAUGGUAAACUUAAUGAUAUUAGUACAUUUAAUCCAAUAUCUUCUUACAAAGUAGAAACAGAAAUUGGAUCAUUAGAAAUUAACAGUCCUCGUAACACUACUUUAGGACUUUCAUUGUAUAAAACCUAUGCAAAUGACAAUGGAGUAUCUGAAACAUCAGACCCAUUAUUUUAUGAUCAAACAGGUCGUCAUGGUUACAAGCAUGAAAUAGAUCUCUUUGUUACUCAAUUAAUAGGAACUGCAGCACCUAAAGAUGAAAAUAUAGAUGUUGAAUUGCCCAGUUCAUCAUUUUCAGUAGUUCAAAGGACAGGAAAAGAACACAAAAGAGAAAAUGUCACACUUGAUAUUAAUAUUGACACUUCAUCUUUAAAAAAUAUAGAAGUACAAAUGAAUAAUACACCAUCAAGAGUAGAUGAAAAUAUUUUAGAUUUGAUGCAAUUAUUAGAAACAGAAUAAUGUUUUAUUAUAUUUACUUACUAUUUA